UUCAAUAAAAACCAUAAUGAAAACUUGAAUGGGCUAUUUUCAGAAUUUAACCGUGUGUAACUAAUAUGGAGAUUAAAGACACAGUAGGCAAAGUAAGACUCAACUUCAGAGUUCCUGACUUUAGACACUACUCGCCAUCACGUACCGGCCGGCAGAUUGACUGUAAACAUACAGUUCAGCUGGGUGCCGCUCGUGCAACUUUCAAGAUUACUUUGGACCUUUACGCCGAACCUCAAAGUUACCGUGAAACUAAAGUAUACGAAUGGAAGAGUCCAUCAAGCAAACCGAGUCCCCGUGUAUCAGCGUCAAGACAAAUUACUCCAAAGUUCCCCGUGAAAAACUCUCCUCUCCAGCAUAGGAGAAAUGUGAAGCUUUCUGACCAACAUGACGCUGCUGUUAUGAAGUCUCCUGUAAACGCUUAUGGUUGCUCUCCUUCUAGUCCAAGGAUAAAGAAAAGUGCCUUGCAGGAGCUCUACACGAAAGGAGGAAUUGAAGAAAUAAUUCACGGUGAUUCGCAAUGGCCUUCAAAAAACGCAUCACCUAAUGCCAUGUUCAAGUCUACGAAGUCUCAGCAGAUCAUGGCACCUCUAGACGGGGACCAGUUUGAUGUACGAAUACUAGUAGACUGCAUCCACACCAACAUACCAGCCCCCUUGAUGUGUAAGAUUAAGAUAACUUCAGGCAUCGGCGAUCGUCCAGAGCAGCGACGUGACCUAACACUGGAAGGGCUCUCAGGCAGCAAGUGGCGCGGUCUGCUGGUGCCGCGCGUGUCGGUCAAACCUUACGAUCUGCUCAUAGAUGGCGCGCUCAACGCUUGGCUUGAAUUUACCUUUACGGAAGAAGUGCUUCACUGCAGUCCCGACAGCCUGGUAACGCUGAGCCGUGACCUGCGUAGUCUGCUGCAAGACCAUCACUCUUCUGCGGACGCGGAGCUCAUCACUACCGACGGAGGAAGGAUUCCUGCUCACCUUGCAGUGCUGAAGGCUCGGUCUUCCCUCCUGAGUACCUGCAAGAUCCUCUCAAAAACCGACUGCGAUAUCGCCCUCAUGGUGGAUGGCAGAUCCCCAAAUGUUCUGAAGCCUCGUGUACUUCUUUUCGAAAAUUCAUCGGGGGUUGAAUCGUCCGACUCUAAUUUAUCUUAUGAUGGAGCAGAAAAACUGUCCCCUGAAAGAUAUUGUACGUCAGUCAAAAUUUCUUGCACUGAUGACACACUAAAUGUUGGGUUGAAAUCCCCAGUUAAAUUAAACCUAUCGCCAGUGAAGAGAAAUCCGCUUCACGCAUCCCCGGUAAAACUCGCCUCGUCUGAAAGGCUAGCCUUGUUUAGCAGACGUAACGAACAACCAAGUAAUCGAAAACCUUUAACUGAAAAAUCCAUAAAUGACCCCACAACAAAUCUAUCUGACGAAGAAAGUCAAAUAGGCGAAGAAGAAAAAAGUCUUAAAGACCUUAACCAGUGUUUUAUUGAAUGCAAUGACACCAAAGACUCUUCUUUGACGUCCAUGAUGGAUGGAGUACCGAAUAUUGAUGAAGACGAUCCCAUCACAGAACUGAAGGAAAACUUUUCGCGCUUGAAUACCAAGAAUAAAUCGCCUCUUAUAUCUUCUCUCCAUAAAAGAAGUAAUCACAAGCAUCAAGAAAGAGUAUUGAUUCAAGUGAAUAUGUCUUCUUCGGUCACGAGACAGUUCAUCGAGUGGGUGUAUACAGGCGAGUGCAGUAACCGACUGUUUGCCCUGCAGGCGAGUGCAGUAACCGACUGUUUGCCCUGCAGGAUUUAUGAUAACCUAAGCAACUAA